AUGACUGUCGCGCUAAGAUACGAGAUCGAACACCAUAUCACCAGCACCCGAGACGAUGAUCAUGAUGCACGCUUCACGGUCCGCCGAAACGGCAAGGCCUUUUACAUCAAGGUCUCGCCAUCCCAGUUUGUUAACUCCCCCGUGAUGAUGAAGAAGUACUUGUCGUACCUGGAGGUGCUCCGGUCAGGCGAAGAGGUCCUUGGCGACAUCUACGACACCGACGUCUACGAAUGGGUCAUUGCCCCAUUUGAGCCGCUCUUCGCCGAGCUUGCGCCUAGCCCGUCAUGCCUCCCAGAGGACAUCAGGAUCACUCUGCAAGAUCAUCUUUUCCCAGAGUUUUUCGUCCUUGCCCUAGACAUUGUUGAUGAAAAGCCGUAUCCGCGCCGUAUCGCAGCGACAGAAUCGCCUCAUCGGCCGUCGUUCGUCCGCUUUGAUGACGACUUCCUCGACGACCUGGAGACAUGGACAGCCUUCUAUGAUCCCGCUGGAAUCACCUUAAGCUUCAAAGAUCCCGAGGAUGCGCUCUUCAAGCCACCCAACAAGGUUCUCAUCGACAACCGCCAGACUGAAUGCUUCUUUAAGCCAUGCAACUCUAGCGUCCAGAUUCAACAGGAGCUUAAAGCCUAUAAGAUAAUUCACGCGGCCGGCUUGGACUCUCAGCUAUACAUAUGCCACGUAUAUGGCGUCGUCAUGGAUGACUCUGGCUUUAUUCUUGGCCUGUUGUUGACUUACAUUGACAAUGGAGAUUGCCCACUGUCUACAAGAAUUCAUCCUGAUGAACCCGACGAUCCCCCGCCUGUGGUCAGAGAACGGUGGUUAGGCCAGCUUGAUGCCGCCCUCGCAGGGCUGCACAAAGCCGGCGUGGUCUGGGGAGAUGUCAAGGCAGAGAACGUUCUGAUAGACCGGGACAACAAUGCGUGGAUUACUGAUUUUGGCGGCGGUUAUACCGAGGGCUGGGUCGACAAAGAGAUAGCAGGAACCGUAGAAGGGGACUGGGUGGGUAUGGCUAAGCUGAAGAAGUUUAUCUUUCCAACCAAGAGAGACACGGGACUAGAGUCUCAAGGAGAGGGGCAUGGCACAAGUAAAAGCUAA